GGACACAGUCGAUCGAUACUUAUGAAGCCUGAAUGAAAGUAUAGCCCCCUUCAAAACCUGUGACGCAGAUGAGGUCGGCUUCAUAUGUUGAUGAAAUUGAUCGGUUUCGCUGAGAAAUUGAUCAUUUACCCGACUCUCGUGUCCAGGAUAAUCCGCACGGUGCCCUGGGCACGAGGUUUGUGAAGGGAAACAGGUGCAUCAUGUGAGGGGCAGAGUUCAAAACAGACGCGUGCCAAAAUCUGUAAGGACCGACAUGGGAGAAUUACAUUGGCAAAGAGAUGGUUACAGACAAUAUUUCAAUCUCUCAAUGGUUGGUCUAACUAUUACAUAUCUCAUCACCAACUUAAUACAUUAUACAUAUCUAAUAACGUACUAGUGGGUCUCCCACUCUUGGCCUUUAGGCUACAGAAUUAGAGUUGGUCAUUAUUAUUCCAAACACGUAGAUCGGUCGAAGUCUAACUCUACUAACGAAUUAAUGAUUAAUCUUCUUGUUUUGUAAAACUAGUUCUAUCUGAUGCCAUAUACUUGCUCUUAAGCGUGACUGUAUGUGUGGGGAACCAUGACUUAUCCUCACAUAGUCGCCGUUGGACUUGUUGUCCUGUGCUUGUGUUGUUCUAUUCCUGUUGGCGGGGAGGAGAUGGCGGGAACACCGCCUGAAGUCGGGCACUACGCCGUGAAGAACAAGCAUGGCGAGACGUGUUUCCUCGCCGACCUGGCCGCCACGUUCCGGAUCCGGUACGUGAAGACGGACAACACCACGGCGGCGGCGGAGUACGCCCUGCCCGGGAACUGUUCCGUGGCGUACGAGUCCACCUGUCCUAACCGGCUGGACGGGGAGAACCAAGCCGUACUCCUGCUGCACGUCCCCUGGGACUGGGACUUCGGGCUCUACCUGCGUUUCUCGCGGGAAAAACUCGUCAUGGAACACUUCUGGCUAGCGGAGGCGGUUGUGUAUUACCGACAGGACCCGUCUCUCUUCCCAGACGCCAAGUUCCCAAACCACUUCUUCAGUCCCUUCCUGAACAACCUGCGGGAGAUGGAGACCAGGUCGGGGUUCUUCAGGAGGAGGUCGUUCCUGUGCGAGAGCGGGUUGACCGUAUUCAACCUGACGUUCCCGUAUUUUGACGAAGCUCCCGGCGUCCAUCCCAAUGCAGACCUGAUCUUCGACUACAUUCACGUGCAACCUUUCGACGUCAGGUAUUAG